UCUCGAACGCAAAAGGCGUUCAUGUUUGACUUCAUUACAUUGACUCCGAACUAAGUUUGUAUCGAUCGGGAAAACUCAGCCAAAUCUCAAUCUCUCUGUCCUUUAAUAAUUGCUUGAAAUUGGUCAUAGACAAAGCCUAUUCUUUGUACUGGUUCUAUGAGGUCUUUAGAGCGAAUCCCUAGGUAGGACAAGCUGAAGAAUGCCGGUUAGAAAGGAAGAUGCUGACCGAGCCCUGCAGCUACUAGAAAGUUACCACGAAAAGCUGAACAAGCCACAAGAUAAAGCUCUCCGCUCCGCAAUCGAGCGAGUCAUCAGAAUAUUUCAAAGUCGACUAUUUCUUGCUCUGUUAGAUAUUCAAGAAUUUUAUGAAGCUACUUUACUAGAUGGGUCUAAAUCGCCAGAGCAAAAAGCAAACGAGACGAUUGAAGCUGUCGAGAAAUGGGAAAACCAGCCAGAGAUGGAGUCAACUCCGCUACCCAAGUACUACACUUCACCACCAGAAGAUGAGCGUCCAUUGCCAAUUACAUUACCAUCCGAGCCAGCACCAACGUUAGAACACUACCCUGUACAGCCUGAUGCUGCCCCGCUUCCUAGUCCAACCAAGAGUACACCUAAACCAAAAGAAGAGGACAAUGUUGAACAAGUAGUCGCAUUGCCAACAACAAACUAUGAAACUCUUGAAAUCACUUUGGAAAGGGGAGGGUCUGGUCUUGGAUUUAGCAUUGCCGGAGGAACAGAUAACCCUCACGUUGAUGAUGACUUUGGUAUCUACAUCACUAAAGUAAUCCCAGGAGGUGCAGCUGCGCAGGAUGGCAGGCUACAGGUCAAUGACUGCAUCCUGUCCGUAAAUGGCACUAACACGGUUGAUAUUGAACACCAACAGGCUGUUGACGCUCUCAAGGCUGCUGGCAGCCAAGUCACACUGGUUAUCAAAAGAGAGAAAAAACGGGGCAAUGCACCAACAAGAGAGGAGAUUGUUUUGAUCAAGGGAAGCAAGGGCUUGGGGUUCAGUAUAGCAGGUGGCAGUGGGAAUCAGCAUGUGCCAGGGGACAAUGGCAUUUACAUCACAAAGAUCAUAGAAGGGGGGGCCGCCCAACAGGAUGGGCGACUUCAGGUCGGCGACAAAAUUAUUAGUGUUAACCUUCAAAAUUUAGAGGAUGUAUCACACGAGGAUGCCGUACAAGUCUUAAAGGCUACAAAAGAGCGAGUGACAAUUGUGGUCAGUCGGCUUACUGCAUAUUACAGUGAACAGACAGACUCAGCACCCUCCCCGCCAACACUACCCAAGCAGACUCCUCCACCUCCCACACCUGAAGUCAUUGAAACGGCACCCAGCCCCUCCCCUGGCGAAAAUGGUGAAGUGAACCACGUCCCCCCUGAGUCCCCCGUCCCCCCUGCUAGCCCUCAGAGCACAAAUUCCCUGCCGAAGAAGACCCCUGCUGUACCUGAGGACGAUGAUUUCACCAGGGAAGAGAGGAAAGUCGUUCUUCAUAAGGGCAACACCGGACUUGGCUUUAACAUCGUUGGCGGCGAGGAGAACGAAGGCAUCUUCAUCUCGUUCAUCCUCGCGGGCGGAGUGGCGGACCUGAGUGGCGAGUUGCGCCGAGGAGAUCAAAUAAAAGCCGUGAAUGACGUCGAUUUGACCAAUGCCACUCACGAACAAGCGGCUGCCGCCCUCAAGGGUGCAGGGAGCACCGUCACGAUAACGGCCCAGUAUAAACCAGAAGAGUAUAACCAGUUUGAGACCAAGAUCCACCACCUCCGCGAGAAGAUGAUGGUGACUAGUAACCAGGGGGUCGUGACGUCAGUCAAACGUCAACUCUACGUCAGGGCGCUGUUUGAUUAUGACAAGACAAAGGACAGCGGUCUUCCCAGUCAGGGGCUCAGCUUCAAGUACGGCGACAUCUUGCACGUGACCAACGCCAGUGACGACGAAUGGUGGCAGGCGAGAAAACUGAAUGCCGUGGGGGAGGAGGAGGGUAGAGGUGUUAUUCCUAGUAAACGAAGAGUGGAAAGAAGAGAAAAAGCGCGAAUGAAGAGCGUUAAAUUCACGAGGACGAGCGACGAUAAACUAAGGGGCUCGUUCAAUGACGGUACCGGCAGUGUGCGCAAGCGCAGUUUCAAGUUUUCCAAGAAGCUGCCUUUCUUCAAGAAGGAGUCGGACCUGGAGACGAGCGACGUGGACCCGAGUUACACGUCCAACGCGAGCGAUUCCGAGAGCAGCACGAGCGCGCGCGCCGAGGAGCCGAUCUUAUCGUACGAAGCUGUCCAGCAACACGAGCUGAAGUACACGCGGCCCGUCAUCGUGCUCGGACCUCUCAAGGACCGCAUUAACGACGACCUCAUCUCCGAGUUUCCUGACAAGUUCGGCAGUUGCGUCCCACACACGACACGCCCCCGUCGCGAAUACGAGAAGGACGGGUUAGAUUAUCACUUCGUGGAAUCGCGCGAGGAGAUGGAACGAGCCAUUCAGAACCACAUGUUCAUCGAGGCUGGUCAGUACAACGAUAACCUGUACGGCACGAGCGUGGAGUCCGUCAAGAUCGUCGCCGAAAAGAGUAAACACUGCAUUCUAGACGUCAGUGGAUACGCCAUCAAGCGAUUACAGGUCGCCGGUCUCUACCCCAUCGCCAUUUUCAUCAAACCUAAGUCCAUGGAGUCCAUACGGGAGCUCAACAAACGCCUCACGGAGGAACAAGCACAGAAGACAUUCGACCGCGCCCUUAAGCUGGAGCAGGAGUUUGGCGAGUACUUCACCGCCAUUGUGCAAGGGGACACGUACGACGAGCUGUACAAUCGUGUCAAGGAGGUCAUCCGACAGCAGAGUGGCCCCGUCAUCUGGGUCCCAUCUAAGGAGAGGCUCUAGACACUACCCACCCCUCCCUCCC